CAUUACCAUCAGAUCAUCAUCAGCCCUACUGCCCACAUGGCAUAAGGCGCAGGCACAUGCAAGUUUGCCAAUCCCGAGCAUGCUGAAGAGCCUUCUGCCAAGCUGGCUGUCUCCUGGAGAUAUCGUCGCCGACCCUUCCACCACCGCAGGGUCAGAGCAUGAGGUCGCACCUGAUGGAAAGCAUGACACCCAGAACGAAGACAUCGCGGAGGGCGAUACCACGCCCAAAGCCACGUCGAGGACACCUCCAGGCCAGGUGCCCAUCCUCGACUUGAGCCGGCACGACGACCAGGAGGACUCAUCAGAAGAUCAUAAACAGGAAGAAGAUGAACCGAGCGCACCAUCCUUCCCUGCUGUCAACAGCGUACAGCGCGCUUCUUCGAUGAUGCCGCCGCCGCCUCCCAGGCCUGGUGCAAAUGCGGGCAGUACUCUUAUGCCUCCUCCCUCGCGACCCGCCACUACACUUCGACCGAGCGCAGCCGCCGGCCUUCGAGUUCCCAGCACAGGACCGCUUCCCAAUCGUGGCCCUCCCGUGGCAAGCCAACAGCGGGUGAGCUCCAGUCUGGCACCAAAUGGCACCGCAAAGGCAACCCCAAACCCGCGUAACAAAGUCCUCCUCAAGCCUGGUCACUCACCCAUGGAUUGGGCAGCUCUCACGAAGACGGGCAAUAUGUCUGGCGUCAGUACUUUUCAGCGAGUGACGCCGGGUCAGCUGAAAACCAUGACGGGUCGAAAAGGAAAGCCAGCGUGGUCUAGUUGGCAAGGCAAGGUCUACAACAUUACCCCUUAUCUACCCUUUCAUCCAGGCGGCGAAGCUGAAUUGAUGAAGGCGGCAGGUCGGGAUGGCACCAAACUGUUCAUGGACGUGCAUCCCUGGGUGAAUUGGGAGAACAUGCUGGAGACGUGUCUGGUGGGCGUCUUGGUGCCUGAGAACUAUGAUCAGGGAGAAGGGAGUACUUUGGAAGAUAUGGAUUGACGCAAAGCAUCGUCAGCAGGUGGGUGCCGCGUAACUCCGGCCAACUGGUGAAAGGCCACCGCAAUGGUUGAGGAUUUUGCGCUUUUGCAAGCUACCUAUUUCUCGGCGGCCCUCUCCUCAGCAAAGAAGCACUUUCAUGUGACGACUGCGCUCUUGAUAUCGAUGUAUCAGAGAACGGAUCCCCGCACGUCGUAUAAAGUAGCAUCUCAGAGGUUGCUUCACUGAUAAAGGUGCCUGUGCAGUCCGAGUAAGCACCAAGGAGUCUCUCGAGUUACUCUCGGGCUUCCAUCUUGUGGGUACCGACCCUUGACUUUCAUGUUCGCAACGGUGAUGUGGCAUGACGCUGUCUCGCUCCGACAUUGAUGAUUGUACCUGCUUAGUCUGCUGCUCACUUUAUGUCGGAAUACGAAGGGGUUCGGGUUGUCAGCAACGGCACAAAUUGACCCCAGAACUGCCGUUCAGCGCAGACCUAUCUCGAGCGCGAUUGCCGGUAUGCACUAUGAGCAUGGCAGUAUCUCUCGUUUUUUGGUGCGGACAUGCACGACAGCGUUGCAGCCAUUGUCGGCUUGUGGAGUUUCACCUGUACAGCAGUCGAACAGUCAAACUAGAUGGCGUAGUGGUAUAUAUAGCACAUAUAGGACUUGGCGACUCUGACCCGCUUCAAGAAUCAAACAUGCUCCAGGCACAGCCGGCUGAUAUGAUGCAAGCCACGCCACG